AACGGACGAGCCAGAAGAUCACCUCGCAGCCUGAAGUGCAAGGACCAAACGAGGCAGCUAUCAUCGCUGGGGACCUACCGAGCCGCUGGGAUGGAAGCGGUCUCUAACCCCAACGUCUCCCAGAGCAACAUCAAGGCAACACUUCCCGCAACGCCAUGACGCAACGGACGCUGCUAUUAUACGUCACUUCCUCGGCUCGUCAGUAUGCAAGUCUGUCGUAAAUCGGUGGUAGAAGUAAGAUAUUACGCUACUCUUCCAGCGCUGAAGGCUGUUUUGGAAAAUUGACAGUGUCAUUGGUUCUGCCAGUGGGAGCGAGCAUGUCUUUUCGAGGUCGUGGAGGCUUUAAUCGAGGCGGUGGAGGUGGCGGCUUCGGUCGUGGCGGCGGCAGCAACAACCACUUCCGAGGUGGAGGUGGCGGUAAUUUCAGAGGCGGUGGCGGCGGCAGAGGAGGAUUUGGACGUGGAGGUGGCCGCGGAGGCUUUAACAAAGGCCAAGACCAAGGACCUCCAGAACAUGUAGUUUUACUAGGAGAGUUCCUGCAUCCCUGUGAAGAUGACAUAGUUUGUAAAUGUACCACAGAUGAAAAUAAGGUGCCUUAUUUUAAUGCUCCAGUUUAUUUAGAAAACAAAGAACAAAUCGGAAAAGUGGAUGAAAUAUUUGGACAACUUAGAGAUUUUUAUUUUUCAGUUAAAUUGUCAGAAAACAUGAAGGCAUCAUCCUUUAAAAAACUACAGAAGUUUUAUAUAGACCCAUAUAAGCUGUUGCCACUGCAGAGAUUUUUACCUCGACCUCCAGGUGAGAAGGGACCUCCAAGAGGCGGUGGCAGGGGCGGUCGAGGAGGAGGAAGAGGAGGAGGCAGAGGUGGUAGAGGUGGUGGUUUUAGAGGUGGAAGAGGAGGCGGUAGAGGCGGAGGCUUCAGAGGAGGAAGAGGGGGAAGUGGUGGUUUCAGAGGGAGAGGACAUUAAGUGCGACAGUUGACAGAGGCACUUUACCAGUUGAUUUCUGCAUUAACCUGCAUGGCCUACUUCUGAGGAUCAGAAAUUUGUUUCUUGAGCAAGUCUUGAAGUCCUGGGGAUUUAUAUAACAGUGGCAUUUGGAUGUCAAUGUCAUUUAAACAUGAGUGCAACAGAAUAGACACUUACGCUCUGAAGGAGUCUCAACAAGUAUCUUAAUGUUUUGUAUUAUGCUUGGAGUUGUGGUUGCUUAAUAAAUGGACAGUUUUCAUAUGAAGCAUAUUUGAAUUUUUACAAUAAA